AUGAUGAUGGAAUUAUUGGUAUUGCCGGUAUUAGAAAUUAUCGAAGAUGACGAUGUUGAAAUUGUCGAGUUUUUAAAUUAUCAACGACGUACGUACACAAUUUGUGUACGAAUUAACCAUAUGGAGUUUUGGGACGAUCAAGACUUUAAAGUUAGAUUUAGAAUCUCCAAAGAAGUAGUUAUUGAAGUUUUAGGAUAUAUAAAUGAGCAAAUAUCUUCACAAUCAUAUAGGUGA